AUGGACUUAGCCAACUACGAAUUAUCGGAAAAAGGCAACCGCAACCUACUUGUUCUCGUUGACAUGUGUACACGUUUCUGCAUCCUACGUCCUUUACCAGACAAAGAAGCUACCACUAUCGUAAACACCCUCGUACAAAUCUUUUGCGACGUUGGCCUCCCUAAAAUCAUUCAGUCCGACAAUGGCAAAGAAUUCGUUAAUGAUCUCAUGAAACGUUUUGCCAGAGCAUCAGGCUUUGAACAUAGACUUGUACUACCUUAUCACCCCCGUGCCAAUGGCUCUGCAGAACGAUGGGUACAAAAAGUUACGUUGUGUAUCAAAGAGAUGUUGAAAGGAGCCACCACCAAUUGGGAUUCAUAUGUACCUGCUGUCCAACUCGCUUUGAAUGCCAACGUUACAUCACGCCAUAAGACCCCACCAUUCACCCUCAUGUUUGCACGAAGGCACAAUGACUUCAAAGAUUAUACCAAUACACCCGACUCCGAGCCUUUGUCAGAGGAACAAUUACUUGAACGCAUACAUCACAUGAAGGAUAUCGUAUUCCCUGCCAUUCGGGAAAGCACAAAGACUAUCACUAAACGCCAAGAAGCAUACUUCAAUCGAAAACAUAAGAUGACACAAUAUAAUAUCGGCGAUUACGUGAUGGUUCGCUCUCCUGAAUUAUCUAGCAAAUUCGAUGCCACAUACAAAGGCCCUUAUCAAAUCAUCAAUACCACCAAUGCAGGGACGUCGUAUGUCCUUAAAAACUACGAGGGGGAAAUACUCCCUAGAAAUUAUCCGCCACAAUCGCUCAAACCAAUACAAGUACUAGAGCAUAUACCCGCUGAUGAGAUAUACGAGAUUGAAAACAUCGUUGGACACAAAGUGCAUAAAGGAAACUUCUUGUAUCGAGUGCGUUGGAAAGGCUAUUCGGAGGAUGACGACACUUGGGAGCCACCUCAAAACUUUAAUGAUCCAUCCUCCAUCACCACAUAUUGGAGACGAAGAAACGAAAAUCCCCAAAACAUCUUAGAACGGCUCAAUCUCAAAAGAAAAAGUAGCAACCACUCACAUGCAAAUAAGAAAGCACGAUACCACCUCCGUAAUCAUCAAAGCUAUUAA